CUCGGCGGCGGAGGAGCUCGGGGGCCAUUUUGUGAAGAGACGGAGAGCGAACGGUCGUGCGCUGCCCGCCCGCUGGAGCUUCGGUCUCGGCACGGACCCGCAGCAGUAGCGGCCGUCUCUUCCUCCUCCUUCCUCCCGGUUACAAAUCACUCGAAAUAUAUAUGUUAGUGGAACUUUGCUUGAGGGCAGCAAGGCGAACCCCAUCCUUACUCACUGGAGCUCAGCUUUGAUUUUUAACUUCCCUUCCCCACCCUUCCAGAACACACACAUUCAUUCCAAAAUUGAUUUUAUAAAGACAUUUUAAACAUAAUGAUGCAACUUGGUGUGCACUACAGCAAAUAUACAGUGAGAUUUUUUUGAUCUUCAGCUACAUUUCAGCUUUGUGAGAAACUUUAUCAACAAAGAAGAUGGCCAGCAACGUUACCAACAAGACAGAUCCCCGAUCCAUGAAUUCCCGUGUAUUCAUUGGGAAUCUCAAUACUCUUGUGGUCAAGAAGUCUGAUGUGGAGGCAAUCUUUUCAAAGUAUGGCAAAAUUGUGGGUUGCUCUGUGCAUAAGGGCUUUGCCUUUGUCCAAUAUGUUAACGAAAGGAAUGCCCGGGCCGCUGUAGCUGGAGAGGAUGGCAGAAUGAUAGCUGGCCAGGUUUUAGAUAUUAAUCUGGCUGCAGAGCCAAAAGUGAACCGAGGGAAAGCAGGUGUGAAACGAUCUGCAGCGGAGAUGUACGGGUCAGUACCAGAACACCCUUCUCCGUCCCCUCUACUCAGUUCCUCAUUUGAUUUGGACUAUGACUUUCAACGGGAUUAUUAUGACAGGAUGUACAGUUACCCAGCACGUGUUCCUCCUCCUCCUCCUAUUGCUCGAGCGGUGGUGCCUUCUAAACGCCAACGUGUUUCUGGAAACACCUCUCGGAGGGGCAAAAGUGGAUUCAAUUCGAAGAGUGGACAACGGGGCUCUUCUUCCAAAUCCGGAAAAUUGAAAGGUGAUGACCUUCAGGCCAUUAAGAAGGAGCUGACUCAGAUAAAACAAAAAGUGGAUUCUCUGCUGGAAAGCCUGGAAAAAAUUGAAAAAGAACAAAGCAAACAAGCAGACUUGUCCUUCUCCUCCCCAGUAGAGAUGAAGAAUGAGAAGUCGGAGGAGGAGCAGAGCAGUGCCUCUGUGAAGAAAGACGAGACGAACGUUAAGAUGGAGUCUGAGGCUGGCGCAGAUGACUCUGCUGAGGAGGGCGACCUGCUGGAUGACGAUGACAAUGAGGAUCGAGGGGAUGAUCAGCUGGAACUGAUCAAGGACGAUGAAAAAGAAGCUGAGGAAGGAGAGGAUGACAGAGACAGCGCCAAUGGGGAGGAUGACUCCUAAGCACAUAGUGGAGUUUAGAGAUCUUAUCCUGUUAUUAUUCAUUUACCUAGGCGCUUGUGAGAGAUGGAAGUAACACCAGAUCCUCUCCCCUAGUGUCUUCAGCACAGUCUCACUGUUCACCCUCUCCCUUUCCUGUGUUCAUUGAUUCAUAAUUGCCUUGCGCCUAGUUCCAUUCUCACUUCCUUUGAUGCUCCUUAGUAGUUUUGUUAAGUCUUACCCUGUAAGUUUUGCUUUUAAUUUUGAUACCUCUUUGACUUAACAAUAAAAAGAUGUAUGGUUUUUAUCAACUGUCUGCAAAAUAAUCUCUUGUUAUGCAGGGAGUACAGUUCUUCCCAUUCAUAUAAUUUCAGUAGUUGCUUCCCUAACUGCAGAGGCAUCUCAUUUACUUGUGAUCCCUGAGAGCAGCUUUGCAUUAGAGGUGUGUGUUUCCCUCACUUGAGUGGGGCUGUUCAACACGAAUGUAACCAUGUAUUUUUGUGAAUGAGAGUUGGCAUGUUGAAUGCAUCUUACAGGAAAAUAGUGUAAUAGUCUUAAUAUUUGUUUUCUAAAGUUAAUACCAUGGGUUAUUUUUGUGAACAGCCUGAUGUUUGGGAUCUUUUUCUCAAAAUAAACAAUUCCUUAUUAAACCAGGAAUUUAAAGGAAAAAACUGAUUUUUAUUAUAAUUGCUUUUUUUAAUUGACUUCCGCAAAUCUUACCAGAUUAUAUUAAACAGUUUUUUUGAGUCAUAAUCAUGUGUAUCAAUAUAAAUUAAGAUAAUUUCAAGAUGAAUGUUAACUUAAUAAUAUUGACAUGGAGUGGUUUAUUGUUUCAGUUACUGUUUAGAAGCCUAGUUAAUUUUUAUUGGAUUCCCAUCCUUGCCUCACAGUUACUGAAUAUAGGAAAGUAUUUGUCUUUCAGAAAACUGAGAGUACAAUGAGGGAGGGCUCAUCAAUCAGUAUGAGCUUACCCUUGCUAGAUUAGUUUUAGUCAUUG